AUUCCUACCCGUGUCGGUUUUAGUGCUGCUAAUCAAUAUUGCUGUAAAUAAAUAUUUUAGCAGUGAAAAUGUUUCUGUCUGAAGUUCGUGUUGUGAAACUGUGUAUUGUGUAGAGAGUGGACAAUUUAUUUAUACAUCAAGAGACAAUAACAAUGAAACAUUAGGUUGAUCAUGGUUUUGUGUUAAAACUUAGGAGCCAUUUACACAUGGCGAAAAGUCACGUACACUUUAUUGACGAAAAGUUCGUCGUACACAUUUAAUGGUGUAAAUAUUUAUAGUGAUUUUUAUUUGGAUUGAUCGUUAUUAGUUCGUUAAACAUGGACAGCAAGAAUAUCCAAAAAAAUGCCAUGCACAAAAGUGCAGAGUUUACUUUCACUCCGCCACCCGAAGCGCCUGUAUUUGAGCCUACACCCGAAGAAUUUCUAGAUCCUCUAGGAUAUAUAGCCAAGAUACGUCCAGUCGCAGAGAAAACGGGCAUAUGUAAAAUAAAACCUCCAGCGCGAUGGCAACCACCUUUUUCGUUAGACGUAGAUAAACUGAAAUUUGUUCCACGGAUACAAAAAGUCAAUGAAUUGGAAGCCAUAACACGUUUGAAAUUAUUGUUCCUCGAAAAGAUAUUAAAGUUCUGGGAUCUACAAGGAUCACCGCUCAAAAUUCCUAUGAUAGAAAAUAAAACCCUAGACUUAUAUUGUCUUAAAUUUUGGGUAGAUGAAGAGGGAGGCUUUGAAAAUUGUAACACUCCGAAAAAAUGGCGUAAGAUUGCGAAUGCGAUGGGUUAUAGUCAAAAUGCGAAUGCAAUGAAUUUUCUUAGAUCUAACUAUGAAAAGAUUCUACUUCCAUAUGAUAUAUUUGAAAAAAGCAAAGCUAACCUAUUGAAAACAGUUAAAAAGCUCGAAACAAAAAACGAUGUAAAAGAUGUUGACACAAGUAAACCAUUGUUCAAAGCAAUAUCAGUGGAGUCAAUAAUAAAGACUAGCAGUGAGGUUCAUACCACAGAAGAUGGACCAACUACAGCUUGUAAAAGACCAAAAACUGAAUCUGAUGAUACUGGAACUGAAACUGAAUGUACAAAAAGCAAAACAGAAUCUGAGGAAAUAAGACGUAACAGAGAAUUGAGAAGAUUAGCUUGUUAUGGUCCAGGCCCAAAAAUGCCUGGAUUGAAUGAUGAAGAAUUUGAUAUAACUAAAUCGAGAAAAAGACCUAGGUAUGAUAUGGAUCCAUUAGCUAUUUAUGUAUGUGCAAUUUGCCAAAAAGAUAAUAGGGAUGAUCUACUUUUGAUUUGUAAUGGUUGUUCUGAUACUUAUCAUACAUUCUGUCUUAAACCACCAUUAAAUGCAGUACCAGAUGGUGAUUGGCGCUGCCCUUGUUGCAUUGCUGAGGAAGUUCAUAAACCAGCAGAAGCAUUUGGAUUUGCUCAAGCUGAAAGAGAAUAUACUCUUCAACAAUUUGGAGAAAUGGCUGAUAAAUUUAAAUCAGACUAUUUUGGAAUGUCAGGUCACUUAGUACCUACAAGUGUAGCUGAAAAAGAAUUUUGGAGAAUAAUUUCUUCAGUUGAAGAAGAUGUGACAGUUGAGUAUGGUGCUGAUUUGCACUCUAUGGAUCAUGGUUCUGGGUUUCCUACAAAGUCUUCUUUAAAUCUCUAUCCUAGUGAUCAAGAAUAUGUUGAUUCUGGAUGGAAUUUGAACAAUCUACCUGUACUGGAAGGCUCUGUUUUAAAAUUUAUUAAUGCUGAUAUAUCUGGAAUGACUGUACCAUGGAUGUAUGUAGGUAUGUGUUUUUCUGCUUUUUGUUGGCAUAAUGAAGAUCAUUGGAGUUACUCAAUUAAUUACUUGCAUUGGGGUGAAGCAAAGACUUGGUAUGGUGUACCAGGUAGUGGAGCAGAGCUGCUUGAAAAUGCAAUGAAAGCAGCUGCACCUGAUCUUUUUAAAACGCAACCAGACUUACUACAUCAAUUAGUUACGAUUAUGAAUCCUAAUAUAUUAAUGGCAGCAGGGGUACCAAUUUACAGAACUGAUCAACAGGCUGGGGAAUUUGUUGUCACCUUCCCUAGGGCAUACCAUGCUGGUUUCAAUCAAGGAUACAAUUUUGCAGAAGCUGUAAAUUUUGCACCUCCUGAUUGGCUUAAAAUUGGUCGUGAAUGUAUUAUACAUUACAAAAAUUUAAAAAGGUUUUGUGUAUUUUCACAUGAUGAGCUUAUUUGUAAAAUGGCUUUGGAUGGUGAUCGUCUCGAUUUGGAAACAGCAUUAGAAACACAAAAGGAGUUAGUACGUGCAACUGAAGAGGAGGGUGCACUUCGAGCACUAAUUGCAAAGAAAGGUUUGAAGAAUGUAUGUCGUACGGCUUUUGAGUUACUUGGAGAUGAUGAACGUUUGUGUGAAGUGUGUAAAACAACAUGUUUCUUGUCCUCAGUCUCAUGUGCUGAAUGUAAAAACAUGGCAUGUUUGCAACAUGCAAAUACUUUUUGUCUUUGUGCUAUGGAGAAAAAGACUCUCAAUUAUCGUUAUGAUAUGGAUGAGUUGCAUAUUAUGUUACAAACAAUUGAUUUAAGAGUUAAUAGUUUUGAUAAAUGGAUGAGGGAUGCAAAGAACAUAUUACUCCCCACUGCGCCAGAUAUUGGUAGACUUCAAAAGUUAAAAGUUUUGGUAGAUGAAGCUGAUGAUCUUAAAAUACCAAACUGUACUUUAUUAACACAGUUGAAGAAUGAGUAUACCAAAGCCACAGAAAAUGUGGAACCAAUUGUAAUUGAACUAGAUGAUGAUUAAAAAACUUGGUAUAAACUUUGUAUUAGUACAAAAGAUUUACAUUUUUAAUAUUAGAUUAUAUCUUUAGAUUACACCUAGUCUUUAAGUUCCAGAAGGCAAUGUCUUGGUGGAAAAUCACUAUUUACUAUUCUUUUAUUUAUGUACCAUCACAAGUAGGCAUCAUACUAGUGGUAUAUUCUAAAUGUUUUGUGUAUCUGAUCUUAAAUUUAUACCUUUAAAUAAGGAUUGUAUUGUAUUCCACUUUAGGUAUGCAGUAUACUUGUAACACAAACAUUUUUUGUAUGUAAGUAAGUAAAUCUGAGAACAGUUGAGUUGCUAAAAAUAUGACAGUGUAAAUACUUGGUUUUGUGUAUAUUUAGAAAUGAUAGAGAAAUUUGAAUGUGUGUUUUUUAAUUAUUUUCUUAAGAAGUAUUUUUUUUUCAAUUAAGGUAUUAAUGUAAUAUCCCACCGUCACAUAAUAAACAUUAAGACUAAGGUAACUGUAUAAUUGUGUACUAAAUACUAUGAUAUACCUACACCUAAUACUUUUUAGUAAUUAGGUAUUGUAAUUUUGUUACCAGAUUGUAUUGAAAAUUAUGUACGUAAUUCUGUUUGCAUUAACAAUUUUAUCUGUCUUAAUAAAUAUAAUUUAGAAAUAAUAAAUGGGUAUAUUAGGGGAACAGAGGCAUUAGGAAAAGCUAGAAGUUUUUAUUUCUAAAUACUUCUUACAAAUUAUUUGAGAGUUGAGAAAAAUCUUUAAAGGUGACUAUUAUCACAAUAAAAUGAUAAUAGGAGUUACAAAAGCUUUAGAAAUGAAUCUAAAAAAUAAACUUAGUACUUAUUUUUUACUUUUUCCAUAAUACAAAGAUUUUCGAAAUCUUUUCAAUUCAAAAAGUUAUCCCUACAAUCUUUUACACACACUUCUAAGCAAUUAAGAUUUCAAAUCUAUGUUAACAUUAUAUCAAUCAAAAUGCUAAGUAUUUAAAUAGUAGAUACCUAUGAUAGGUAUUUAUUUAAUUAUAAAUGCUAAAUAUUUUCUGUAGCUAAUUAAUGCAUAAAAACAUCUUUAAUGUUUUGACAUUUGAUUACCGAGUAUUUAUUAAACACGUUUAAACCAUCUAUGGGCAACAAUUUAGGUCCAAUUUGGAUGGACCAUUCUCUUUUUAGACAAAGCCGACCAACUUGCCGCGUUAUGUGUGUUAUGGGUGACAAUUUUGCUAUUUCAUAUAUACUUUAAGGCUUGCCGAUUCCUAAUCCAAAGCAACGCUAGCGCUGCAGCUGAAUAUCACUAUAAAGUCAUUAGUUACAUUUUAUUAAUUAUAUGGAAGAUGACACACAGGAUUUUUCUGGUAGUGAUGAAAGAAAUUUUCCACCUCACUACUUUUGUUCAAAAGUACACUUUUGUACCUGAGUAAUUCCGUGUGUAUACUGUACUGGACAUUAUGUUGAUAAUUUAGCGAUUUUUAUGAGGAUAACAUUAAUGUGUAACGACCUACAAUAAAUAAGAUCUGCUACACAUUUUAUUUUUUAUGAUCUCAUUGACAGAAUAAUAUAUAUUUUGAAUAUAUCUAGUUCACUUUAUUUUGUGAUUAGACUUGAUGCUUACUGCAAUUUAGCUUUAUGGUUCUAAUAAUUUAAUCUAUGUAUCUAUUACGUAAACAAACUCCGCAUGCAUGAAUUAAUUUCAAUUUACAGUUAGGCCUAAGGAAUCUAUCUGUAUUGAAUGUUCGUAUUCAGUCAGAUUCCUUAGAUCUGUCUCAUCCGCAUGUUAUGGAUGUGAUCUAAGAAUUUAUGCUUUUAAAAAUGUAGUGACGAGUGUCGCUACAAGACGAUUGUUGUGAAAACAGGAUUUUUUAUAGCAUAGGGGACAUACUUAUUUGCGGCUCACCGCCGCCCAGAAGAACCCGCAACACCAUGGGAAUUGCAAUUGCGUUGUCGGUCUUUUAAGGAAGAAUACGCUCUUUUCUUCAAGGUUUCAAUAUCGUUCGGGAUUACUACUUUAUAUAGCACGUGACAUUAAACGCUGCACUUGCUUGAUUUAAAAUGAUGUUAUUUUCGACUGCAGUAGUUGCGUCAUGGUUGCAUACUGUUGAAUCAAACUGCAUAAUCUUACCUUAAUUUAUGGUGUUUAAGCAGAUAUUACAUUGACGUAAAAUUUUCAAAGGUGUAAAUGUAAGAUUGGUUGUUUUGUGUCUACUUUAGUUAAGAAUAUAGUGAUUAAGAUUGUCUACUCGACAUCACAUAAGAGCUAUGAUGUAUAAAAUUUAUAAUGUUUAAUUUACUUAGAAUUUAGCUAGUAUUGCUUAUUUAUUGUAAUUUACUUGAAAUUAUAAUGGCAGCAUCUUCCACCUCGAUAUAUUAUAAAACAUAGGAAUAUUUUUUUUUAUACUUCAAUAAUUUAAUGUUAUGUUACUAUUUGACUGAUAUAUUACUUUUAAGAAUAA